AUGUUGACGAUAUCAUCAUUACAGGUAACAACACUCAAGUCCUUAGAUCAGUUUGUUACUAAGCUAAAUCUCAUGUUUUCUUUGAAAGAUCUUGGCCCUCUACAUUCUUUUCUGGGUGUUCAAGUUCAUCGGUCCGAGAAUGGAUUAAAUUUAUCUCAACCAGGUUACAUAACUGAUCUCUUGCAUCGUGCCAAUAUGAUUGAUUGUAAAGAGAGUCAUUCACCUGCUAGUUCUUCCACACAACUUGGCUCUACGGUUGGUAACUCUUUUCCAGAUACUUUUCUCUAUCAGAGUACUGUUGGAGCACUGCAAUAUUUUACUAUUACUAGACCUGAGAUUUCUUUUAUUGUUAACAAACUCAGUCAGUCUAUGCAUAACCCAACUGAUGUAUAUUGGUCUGCUUGUAAACGAAUGCUCUGUUAUCUUCACGGUACAAAGCAUUUGGGAUUACUUAUUCGACCUUCUCGUCGUCUCACCUUGUCUGGCUUUACCGAUGCUGAUUGGGCUUCGAACCUUGAUGAUCGAAAAUCUAUUAGUGGUUAUUGUAUUUAUUUGGGUACUACACUUGUUUCAUGGUCUUCAAGAAAGCAGAAUGUAGUGGCCCGAUCUAGUACUGAAGCUGAAUAUAGAGCUCUUGCUCUUGGUGCAGCAGAAAUCUCUUGGCUACAGCAAUUGUUUAUGGAAUUGAACUUUUCUCUGCCUAGCAUUCCUAUACUUUGGUGUGAUAACAUGGGUGCUGAGUGUUUAGCUGCAAAUCAUGUUUUUCAUAACCGUACCAAAUACAUUGAAGUUGAUGUUCACUUUGUCCGUGACAAAGUCUUAUAG